AGAGAGAGUGAGAGAGAGAUAGAUUGUAACACUAAAAAAUUCUGUCAAUAUGCACAACUUCGAGCUACUAACAAACUCAUCAAUCGUCAUAAACUAGAAAAGGAGAGAAUGAGUUCCAUACUAUAUGUGCUCAUUCUACUUCUACUUGUCUUGGGUCAUCACGUUGAUUCUGCCUCAAUCGUCAAGUUUCUUCCUGGUUUUGAGGGCCCUCUUCCUUUCGAACUCGAAACCGGAUACAUUGGUGUUGGUGAUGAAGAGGAGCUACAAAUGUUCUACUAUUUCAUUAAGUCCGAGAAUGAUCCAGAAGAAGACCCUCUUCUUCUUUGGUUAAAUGGAGGACCUGGAUGCUCUUCUCUUUUUGGCCUUCUUUUUGAGAAUGGGCCUUUGGCUUUGAAGUUCGAGGUUUACAAUAGAAGUAUCCCUACUUUGGUCUCUACUACAUAUUCAUGGACAAAGAUGGCGAACAUAAUAUACUUGGAUCAGCCUGUUGGAGCUGGUUUCUCUUACUCAAGAACUCCACUUGUUGAUAAAGCUAGCGACACAGGCGAAGCUAAGAUGAUUUAUGAGUUUCUGCAGAAGUGGCUAAGUAAGCAUCAACAGUUUUUUUCAAACCCGUUUUACGUUACCGGAGAUUCUUAUUCCGGUAAGAUUGUUCCACCCCUCGUACAAGAAAUCUCUAUAGGAAAUUAUCAAAUAAACAUACAGGGUUAUAUUCUCGGAAACCCGAUAACAGAUAUUGAAUUUGAACGCAACAAAUGGAUUCCAUUUGCUCAUGGAAUGGCAUUAAUCUCGGAUGAACUCUAUGAGUCAAUGAAAAGAAUCUGCAAAGGAAAUUAUAGAAAUGUGGGUUCACGUAACACAAAAUGCUCAAAACUCAUUGAAAUUUACCAACAGUGUAUAAACAAACUAUACCCAUUCCAUAUAUUACUACCAGAGUGCGACGAGACAUCUCCUAAUUGCUUUCUAUAUAACUAUUUCCUCCUUAGCAAGUGGACCAAUGACGAGAGAGUUCGCAAAGCUCUCCAAGUCAAUAAGGGGAGUAUAGGUGAAUGGAGACGAUGUAAUGAUGAUGUAAUUCCGUAUAAUGCCGACAUUAAAAGCACCGUACCAUACCAUAUGAAUAACAGCAUUAAUGGCUUACGAUCUCUUAUCUUCAGUGGUGAUCAUGAUAUGGUGGCUCCUUUCAUUUCAACUCAAGCCUGGAUAAGAUCUCUCAACUACUCCAUCAUUGAUGACUGGAGGCCAUGGAUGAUAAACGAUCAAAUCGCAGGAUACACGAGAACAUAUGCCAAUAAGAUGACAUUUGCUACUGUCAAAGCAAGUCUUCUUGUUGCGACUUUACAAUUUUACUAUCAUUUGGAGGGGGACACACGGCAGAAUUUAAACCAAACGAGACAUUUAUCAUGUUCCAAAGGUGGAUCAGUGGCCAUCCUUUGUAAUAGAGUCUCAAAGUCUUUAAGUAUAUACAAAAAUAAAAAUACGUAA